AUGAGAUACAUUAGAUGUAGAAAUGUCUAUGUCAUGGAGGAUGAAAACAAAGUUAAAUUCACUGCUCAAGAUUUAUAUGAUAAAAAAGCUGACAAAACAGAGCUUCAAACGUUAAAGACAGAAAUACUUCAAACAGUAUAUCCUAUAGGUUCUAUUUACACGUCAAUGAACUCUACCAGACCAGAAGUAGUACUUGGUUUUGGAACUUGGACUCAAAUAGUCGACAGGUUUUUGUAUUGUGCAAACUCUUCAAAGGAAACAGGUGGAAGUAAAACGAUUUCAGGUGCAAAUUUACCUGCGCACAGUCACUACGUAAGUUUAACUACAUCUGAAGCAGGUUUGCAUAGUCAUAGAUUUUGGGAUUGGUCAGGAAUGACAAAAGGUAAAGGAUAUGAUGUUAAAGAGGACGUUAAGUUUGCUAUAAAUUGUUACUGGAGUAACACUGAGGUAGGAGGAAGCCAUACACAUCGCGUUUCAGGAUAUACGCAAACAACGGGACAAAGUAAAGACUACAUGCCACCUUACAUGACAGUUUACGCAUGGUAUAGAAAUGCUUAG